AUGACAUCAGACAACCUUGCAAGUAUCAUUGCGAAAGCACCAAACAAAGAGACGGAAGGCGCGGCCACCUUGGUCUUUGUCAUUUCUGCCUUUGAAGAUUUCCCACAGCUCCAAGCACUGAUACAUGCCAUACACUUGCCACACCAUUGGCUCAUUGUCCAUCUAGAACGACAAACCGGCCCUUCAUACGUGGCUCAGGUCCAGAGUCUCACCAAGAUAUACUCCAAUUUGGUGGUACUGCAAUUUGGAACCGUCAUUUAUCCCGGUGACAGUCUUUCCCAAAUCAACUUUGCCAUUAUGCAGUUGCUGGAAGAGGCAGCACACGUGCACGAUGAUUUUCACUACGAUUACCUAUUGGCACUCAGUGCCGCAUCGUAUCCACUCUACUCGGCCGAGGGACUGGCACGCUACCUGUACAAGGCUCCAAAACGAGUCCGACUGGGACUGCUGCAGGGAGGAGAUCCCCGACUCUGCCGUCGACGAGCGGCAUCGGUGGGACUCUAUUAUACGCGAGGAGGACAACAGAAACGACGAGUGGCGGAUAUUUACGAUAUUCACAAUGUCCUAUCCGAAAUAAUGGAAGACCACCACAGCAACAACCAGACGACAAUGCCACUAACCGCGGCACUGUUUGCUCCCAAGGGACUCAAGCAAACCUGCCGAAGAAAGACCACUUCGGGAAACACGGCUGCCUAUGACCGCAAUGCCAUUCAAAAGAUCACGCGCUCGGCAACCGUCAAGGACUAUAUGGCGCGUUUCAAACUGGCCGGGCAGUGUUGUGUGGAAGAAUCGAGUUGGGGGGCUGCUCUACAUGUCAUUGGAAGAAGUCAGGGAGAAGUGCCACUGCCUGGAAUCAUGUGGCAAGCAUGGCCCUGUGGCAUGGGAAUGGGGAAUAGCUACCUGGUCGAUCCAGCAGCCUCGUCAUCAGCUCCAACACACUGUCUGCGAAUGGAUGACAAGUCUGUAUUCCCGGAGGGACCCGUCGAAUUGAGGACACCCAACGAAAUUGAAAAGGCACUCAUCCAUGGCAAGCAGCAAGGCCAUCUCUUCGCCCGGAAAUUCCAUUCCACAGACCAGUACUGGAUGAAAUGGAUUCAAACCAAUUUGCACAAUCAGCACGAACCAGCCACUCCGACUUGA